AUGAAGCUCUCUAUCUCCUUACUUUUAUCAACAACCAAGGGUUUUGACCUGUCAACCCUCGAAGCCGAUGGCCUCGAACUUAUGCAACCAUGCUUCGGCCUUCCUCGAUCAAAAAAUCUCCCCAAGAUCUCCAGCGGUAUUGUCCCGAAUAACUACAAAUGCAAAGUCCGCUGCAUCGACUACAAGAAACACCGAUUCGCUGUCCGAAUCACUGAUGGAGAAAUGGUGCCAAAACUCGGCUGCGCUACUGCUGAAACUCGGGGCUGCCCACUUCACGAAGACUAUUACUUUAGACAGAAGCGGUCUAUCUUCGACAAAGAGAACCAAGAUUACAUUACUCCGAAAACGACGUUUGUCAAAUGCAAAAAUUUGGGAAUUGACUCUCCUGAAUUCCGCCAUCGCUGCGUCAAAAACCGCCCUCAAGUCUCCCCAGAGCUUUCCUUCCGAUGGGUUCCUGAUCUUCGAGAAUGCUCUGAAGUCUCAACAACGACGACUACAACCACCACAACAACAACUACGACGACAACAACGACCACAACAACUCCCGAAUCCUCAGUCUCCGAUUGGUCGAGCUGUCCGGAUUCCGGAGUUUGUCGACCGGAAAUUCAGACCAGAACUAUUGAUGGCGCUAUAGAGUCACGAAGAUGCUUCCCGUUCUCCUGCCAAGCUUGCCAUGCUGACAUGACGUUCUUCGAGUGGGAUAUCAGUUCGACAACCUUGACUGCUAGAAUUCCAUGGGUCAGCCGAAACAACUUGGUCGAUGGUUUCGUACCAGUCAACAAACGAGUCAAGAAUGCUCGAUGCAUGGACUCAGUUGAAGUUAACGCGAAAUUAGGAAGCCCGUGCUUGUGUGACGAAGAUCAAGGCUGCGCUUUCGACAAUUGGCCGGAAAAUAUUUGCGCUAGAAACGGCUACGGAGAAGAGUACUUCUGGACUCCCGGUCCUCAGAAAACUUUCACUGAAGAUCGAGAUUUUACUAGCACGAUUGUCGAGGAUGAUUACUCUUUGACUUACCUAGGAACGAAUGGAGAAUCUGAUGUUCGAUUCUCCGAUCGAAUCAGCUGGUGGGAAAACGGACCAUCCAUCUGUCGCGCUAGAACCGAGCUCUACAUGCCUGGUGUCGAGCGACCAGUUUUGAAAGACGAUGGUUCUUUGAGCACCCCUGCAUGGAACCAACUCGAAUGCGAUUUUGAGAUCAACAAGUAUCCAACAACAAACGAUCCUAUUUCAAGCACUUCAUCCAGCCAUGGAAGCGACAGCUAUGAAGUUUUGACUGGACAUGCUAAAUGGAUCAAGGCUUCGGAACUCAACGAAGAAUACGAGCGACUAAUCAUUGUCGGCAACUACAAUCAAGGCUUCAUGUACGAAGAAGGCCAAGAAUACGGUCUUUGUCGAUGGUCGAAAGAAAACUGCAUCAAAAGAUCUGGCGCUAGUUGCCAUUCUGAUGGAAGUCUGAGCGCUGUUGAAAACGAACAGACGAGAGAUUUCAUCAGAAACGCUCCUUACCAUCCUGGCGUCCUGAGCUGGAGACGAGGAAACUUGGUCUGCAACAGUUUGGUCGGAGUCCAAGGAAUUACUAAUAAUGUCUAUUCUGUGCGAAACGAAAUUUUCCCUGACAACGAUGAGCUUGAAAUCCUUGUUCGAUCUGUCGACAUUACACCAAAAUAA